UUCAAAGAAACGGAAGCGUGACACGAAGUUCAAAGAAUAGGAGGCGUGAUUGUGUAAUUUUGUUAUUGAUUAUUCUGUCUUUUGUCUUUUUGCUGCAAUCAUGGUGUUUAGAGAUACUUGUUAUUGCUUGACAGGCUUGUUGACCAAAAUGUUUAUUGAUCUGUUUCACCAAUCAGAUGAUGGAUUUCUUGAUUUGAAUAGAGUAGCUGAUGUUUUGAAAGUAAAGUUUCAGUUGUUCUGCAGUAUAUCAACUUAUCUCAUGUGUUGGAUGAGUCCUCGAGUUAAUAUGAGGGUGCUUUUAUGAGAAAUUGCAUAUUGAAGGGUUUAUACGACAAUUCGGAUUUUACUGGGAAUACAUAUAUAAAUGAUUUUACAGGUCCAGAAGAGGAGGAUUUAUGAUAUAACAAAUGUUCUUGAAGGAGUAGGAUUGAUAGAGAAAUCGUUGAAGAAUACAAUCUCUUGGAAGGGACUUGACAUGCUCAGGCCAAAGGAGUUGUAUGACCAAAAUACUCCAUUAAAGAUGAAUGUAUUCUUACGACCAUCUCAAGAAACCAAAGGCAUGAUUGGAAAGGCCGAACUCGCAAGGACGUGUUUGGAAGGACCAAAUUCGAAGCGUUAACUUAGCGAACCUGACGUAAGUCACGCUACUGAUCAAGAUCCAAUGCAUGGCUGAGACAAUGUCAUAUGGGUAAAUCAUUGCAGCGUGUUCCACCUGGUAUGGACAAUGAGAUGAGGUAACAAGCUUUUGUAUGGCCAAAGCCCACAACUUUGCCUCCACCUACUCAAUGUUGAGAUCUGCUUAUGGAUGGAUGUCGGGAUUCCCCGUGGUCGAGGCUUCAAUGAAGCAAACAAGUGCCAAGCUAACGAAGAGAAAUGGAAGGCCCAAUUGAUGCAUGCUUUUGUGAAUAAAACUUCUCUAAAUUCAGUCAACAAGGCGGCCAAACGAAUGAUUGCUAAGACAUUGAUAGUUAUAAGUUAUGACAUCGACCAAUGAGAUUAUAUGAAAUGGUUAUCAAUUUGCAUGUCUAAAUGACUUUUGUACUUAUUCCAUUAAUGAGGACAUAGAGUUAAAUCAUGAUACAAACUU